AUGUCACGUCUGCAGGGAGUGAACUGCUGGCACGACCUGGACAACACCGAGUACGACUGCUGGCCGAUCAACAGCCCCAACGACUACAACAUGAUCAGCUGCGGAGGGCUGGAGAUGGCCUGGGUGCAGCGGCCUCCAGACAAAGUCACCAACGGGGAAGAGUUCAACGUGUCGUACACGGUGACGGCCUUGGAUUCCUUCUACGAGUACGCAGUCAGGAACAAGAUUUUCCAGUUCAGCGACGCCGCCGAAGCAAAGAGGUUCUGUCACGAACACGAGUGUCCGUCCAACUGGAACAACGCCAACGAGAUCAACUGCUGCGUCUACCACGCCAACAUCCACUCCUGUCCUCUGGGCCUCAUGAAACAAGGAGGGAUCUGUGGGCCGUGGAUUCCUGAUGACGGUAAAAUAGUGACUCACACUGUGUCCAAAGCAGGAAAGAUGAGCCAGAAGUACUGGACCUCCAAGGUCGUGUUGAUCCACGUGGGCGUCACCUCAGUCAUUGCUCAUAUUAAAAUCGGACAGAUGCACGCAGCGCUGGAGUCCAAAGUGCUCGUGGUCAGCGCUCAAGUUUGUGGAGACGAAGUGUGCGAGCUGGAGGAGAACUGUCUGAACUGUCCUGCAGACUGCGGCAUCUGUCCCAUGUCCAUCACCAUCAAGGUGGCCAUCGGGCUUCCAGUCACGCUGUUCAGCAGCGGCUUCAUCCUCACCAUGGUGUGGCUGCAGUACCAGAAACAGAAGAUGUUUUGGGAUGAAAGCUGGAUCAUCAACUACAAGAACAUCAUAUUUGGCAGAGUUUGCUACAUGGGCCUCGGCAGUGCCUUGAGUCUGCAGCGCGCCAAGAGCAACUCCACCGUCAGCCGAACCACCGACGUGACUGUUUUCACCGGCGUCAACACGACCUUCAAACAAGGCUGCAUUCAGCCGGGCAUAUACGACGGCAGGACAGUGGCGGUGAAAAACAUCCAGAAGAAACACUUCGCCCUGUCCAAGACCAUCAGAAAGGAAGUGAAAGAAGUUCGGCAACUGGACCAUCCGAAUCUAUGCAAGUUUAUUGGCGGGUCCAUCGAGGUUCCCUACGUGAGCAUCAUCACGGAGCACUGCCCCAAAGGAAGCCUGUCGGACGUCCUGCUGAAUGACGACAUUCCCAUCAACUGGGGCUUCAGGCUGUCCUUCGCCACCGACGUCGCCCGCGGGAUGCACUACCUCCACCAGCACAAGAUGUUUCAUGGGAGGCUUCACUCCAGAAACUGUGUCGUGGAUGACCGCUGGGUGUGCAAAAUCUCAGAUUACGGGCUCACGGCCUACAGAAAGGAGGACUUUGAAGCCAACAGCAAUGGCUUCAACUGCGGGGACGUGAACCUGAUCUACUGCGCUCCGGAGGUCCUGCUGGGGAGCAGCUCCAACAUGACGCCGCCGGCAGACGUCUACAGCUACUCCAUGAUUCUGGUUGAGAUUGCGACUCGCUCUGAGCUCCUUUUGGACCCGGCCGACGGAGUGAGGAUGGAUAUCAUGUGGCGCCCUCCGCUGCCCGAGCUCAAAGCGGGGAAGGCCGACACCGACUGUCCCAACCAGGGAGACUACUGCGAGCUCAUCAAGAAGUGCUGGUCUCACAACGUCACCACCAGGCCCACGUUCGAGCAGGUGAAGAAGAUGCUGGAAAAGAUGAACCCACACAAAGUCAGCCCCGUGGACAUGAUGAUGAACCUGAUGGAGAAAUACAGCAAACAUCUGGAGGCCAUAGUGGCAGAAAGAACUCAGGAUCUUCUUCAGGAGAAGCAGAAGACAGAUCGGUUGUUGUACAGUAUGUUACCGAAGCCGGUGGCUGAUGAUCUUCGUCAAGGCCGGACAGCCGAGGCUCAGAGCUACUCCAACGCCACCGUCUACUUCAGUGACAUUGUGGGUUUCACGGAGCUGUCUGGUGCCAGCACCCCCCACCAGGUCGUGGACUUCCUCAACCAGCUCUACACCACCUUCGACGACAUCAUCGACAACUACGACGUCUAUAAAGUGGAGACGAUCGGCGACGCUUACAUGGUGGUCUCUGGGGUCCCUCAGGAAAAUGGCAUCAAUCAUGCUGGAGAAAUCGCCAGCAUGGCCCUGGACCUCGUCAGCGUCUGCCACACGUUUCAAAUCCCCCACAAGCCCAACACUCAGCUGAAGAUCCGAGCUGGAAUCCACUCAGGACCUGUUGUAGCCGGUGUAGUCGGCACCAAAAUGCCCCGAUACUGUCUGUUUGGAGACACUGUCAACACAGCGUCACGGAUGGAGUCAACAAGCGAAGCCCUGAAGAUCCAGGUGAGCGGCGCCACCGCUGACCUGCUGCACACCCUCAGAGGUUACAUUCUGACCUGCAGAGGAACGCUCAACGUCAAGGGCAAAGGCGACAUGACGACGUGGUGGCUCGAGGCCAAAAAAGACGACCACACAGACCCGCUGCGCAGAACGUCCGCAUCCAGAACAGUUCCGGUACCAGUCAGCGACUAG